AGUCUGAAGCUGGACAGGAAUAAAAAGAAUGUGUCCCCAAUUCCCAUUUCUUUUCCAUUGCAAAGUAACAAAAUUUAGAGAGAGAAGCCAUGGCGCUGAACUGCAAAUGGGGGCCUCUUAUUAGUUUCCCUCCACGCAGUUCAAAUUCUCUCUCUCUUCCAUUUUUGGGUGCCCCUCUCCAAUUUCAAACCAGAGGAUUGGGUCUUCGAAGGAUUUGUUGCCAGACUAAUCCUAAUCCUAAUCCUAAUCCUGAACCACUCAUAGCUGAAGGAGUUAAUGAUGAGGCUGGUUCAGGUAAAGAAAACAAAAGUGAGCCUGCCAAAACUACUCAAAAUGCUGGAAACGAUGGUGUUCCGAACAAACAGAUCAAUAAGGGGAUAGCAUUGGCUUCCACUAUUGCAGCCGUUGGGCUCUUCUUAACAACAAGAAUAGAAGUUGGGGUUUCUCUAAAAGAUCUCUCUGCUGCUGCUGUGCCAUAUGAAGUGGCUCUUUCAAAUGGGAUGCCAACAGUUGUAGAAUUCUAUGCAGAUUGGUGUGAAGUUUGCCGGGAAUUAGCUCCAGAUGUAUAUAAAGUUGAGCAGAAGUACAAGGACCGGGUGAAUUUUGUAAUGUUGAAUGUUGAUAACACAAAGUGGGAACAAGAACUUGAUGAAUUUGGGGUUGAGGGGAUCCCCCACUUCUCAUUCUUGGACAAAGAUGGAAAUGAGGAAGGCAAUGUUGUUGGUCGACUUCCUAAGCAAUAUCUACUCGAGAAUGUUGCCGCCCUUGAAAGAGGUGAUCCUUCAAUACCUCAUGCCAAGGUGAUCGGCCAAUACACCAGUGCGGAAUCCAGAAAGGUGCACCAAGUGGUUGAUCCAAGAAGCCAUGGGUAGACACAUGACCGUUAGAUUCAUGCUAUAUCAGCAGAUCUACAUCUGAAGAAUGAAGAAGGAGAAGAUGGAUGUGUUCAUUUUCUUGCCCAGCUUUUUCAUCAGGUCAGAUUUAUUUGUGCCCCAUUUUAGUCAUAUGAUCCAAAUUCUUAUUCUUAUUCUUAUGGGUCAGCUGGGUUUAGGGCCCCCACAAUUGUAUUAUUUAAAGAAAGAAAAAGAUAAAAGAAUGGAAUCAAGUAUACAUGUUACAAUGCAGAGUUAACUUCUUAAUCAAUAUGUAGAUAUUUCACUUUUUUUUUAUCAUAUUUUCUUAUAAAAUACAAACUGCGCUUGUGUUUC